AGCAGAGGCAGCAUGGCAGCAGUGGGCACCGUGGGGCUGCUGCUGGCGGCCUGCAUCUGCAUCUUGUUUUUUCUCCUGAUCCGCGGGAGGAGGCAGGGGGCCGGGAAGCUGCCCCCUGGACCCUUCCCUCUCCCUGUCCUAGGCAACCUCCUCCAGAUGGAUACCAAGGACCUGGCCAAUUCCAUCCAGGCGCUUCGGGCCCGCUAUGGGCCGGUGUUCUCGGUGCACUUCGGCAAGGAGCGGGCCGUCGUGGUCCUGGGCUACGAGGCAGUGCGGGAGAUGCUGUUGGAGCGCGGAGACGAGUUCCUGGCCCGGGGCAGCUUCCCCUCUGCGGACCGCACCAACCGGGGCCUAGGGAUCAUCAUGAGUAAAGGGGAGCGGUGGAGGGAUUUACGCCGCUUCUCCCUCAGCGCCCUGCGUGACUGGGGGAUGGGCAAGCGCGGCCUAGAGGAGCGUGUCCAGGACGAAGCCCAGUACCUGCUGGAAGAAUUCCGCAAAACCCAGGGCCAGCCCUUCGACCCCACGUUCCUCCUGGCCAGAGCGACCGCCAACGUCAUCUGCCAGGUGGUGUUCGGACAGCGGUUCUCCUACACCGACGACGACUUCCUCACCCUCGUGCGGCUACUUAACGAGAGCACCCAGCUGGAGAGCUCCAUGUCCGGGCAGAUCUACAACAUCAUCCCGUCCAUCAUGGACUAUCUGCCGGGCCCUCACCAGCUGUUCUUCUCCAACAUCCGCCGGAUCCAGAACUUCGGGGCCUCGUGGGUGGACAAGCACCGAGAGACCCUGGAGCCCAGCGCCCCCCGAGACUACAUCGACAGCUUCCUCCUCAAGAUGCAGCGGGAGCAGCAGCAGCCAAACAGCGAGUUCACGCUGGAGAACCUGAAGAUGUGUGUCCACGAUCUCAUCGUGGCUGGCACCGAGACAAGCAGCAUCACCCUACGCUACGCCUUCCUCAUCCUGCUCAAGUACCCGGCCGUGGCAGACAAGAUCUAUGAGGAAAUCCACCAGGUGAUCGGGCAGGAGCGGGCUCCGGCUGUCAAGGACAGGGUCCUGAUGCCCUACACGGAUGCCACCAUCCACGAGAUCCAGCGCCACCUCAAUCUUCUCCCCCUCAGCCUGCCCCGUGCCACCGUCCGAGACAUCCUUUUCCGUGGCUUCUUCAUCCCCAAGGGCACGACGGUCUACCCAGGCCUGGGCUCCGUCCUCAAUGACCCACAGCAGUUCCCAGAGCCUGAACGCUUUGCCCCAGAACACUUCCUGGAUGAGAAGGGAGCCUUUAAGAAGAGCGGAGCCUUCGUGGUCUUCUCUGCAGGAAAGCGGAACUGUGCCGGUGAGGGCAUCGCCCGCAUGGAGCUCUUCAUCUUCCUCACCACGCUGCUGCAGAGCCUCCGGCUGAGCCCACCCCCGGGGGUCCAGGCUGUGGAUGUGCAACCCGGGAUCUGCGGUGUGGCCAACCUGCCACGCCCCUUCCAGAUCUGCGUCACCCCGCACUGACCUACAUGGGACCAGUCCUCAUAGGGGCCUCCUCCAUUGACGAUUGGAGGAAAUAAUAAUAACAAUAAUAAUAAUAAUAAUGAUCAUGCUGUAGUAAACACUAGAUACAAUAAAUCAGGUUAGACACAGUC